AUGUCUCAAGCUUGCUUGCUUGACUCGAGUCGUCUGUCCUCACUGCUUGAGGAGGCACUGGAAUGGAGCGACCAUGUCUCUUCACUAAUGGUCUCGUCCUUGAAUGGGUCCAUCCUCGCCUACGCCUACAGAAGUUCUACUCCCUCGAUCAAGGCGAUGCGAACCCAAUCCACGACCAUGACUGCUGCGUUUACGGUCGCAUCGGAAGACGUUCUUGUGUUUGAAGCACAGAAUAUGGGAGCAACUUCGGUCAUCACCCCCAUCGCAGACCACAUCCUCCUCGCCGUCACAGGCCCCGAGCCACACGCAUGGUCGUCUAAGAUCCAACUCAAUGGCGAGACGGCGAAGAAUGAGAACGGCAACCAAGAAGAAGGAGCGCACACACGGAAUCGAGGCCAGAAUGGGUUUGCCGACUCAGACGAUGAAGAGCAGCAGCAAAUUCGCACGGAUUUGGAGCUUGUUGGUCAAGAGCUGGCGAAUAUGCUACGAGAAGAGCUCUCUGCUCUCAAAUGGCCCAACGACAUUUGA